AUCCCUGGCCGUGCCAGCGGCUAUACAUAGCUCUACCAUCGUUGCUUACUAGCUAUAGUAUGGCCCUCGCCGCCGAAGAAUGGACAGUGGCCUUAUUAUUCCUCGUGUUUACUUUUGAUACGAAAAAUGACGUUCGAAAGUAAUUAGUGAAAUUGAAGAAUCGGUUUUGCGGUUAUCGAGUUUAUCGGCAAUAGGUCACAACGUUUCUAAAUUAUAUUACAUAGAGUGUCCAAAUUAUAUAAAAACAUUGCGAGAAGCUGGAACUACUUGAUGGAAAGUUGUGACGAUGGUUUUUAUUAAAUUCGUGAUGUGUACAAAUAUAUUGGCCGUCGCGGUGGGAGCACCUGGAGUGUUCAAAACAGACGCAGACUACAAUGAAGUAUCAUCGUACGAUUUCCCGUUCGUGUCGCGAGAGCAGUGGUCGGCUCGCACUGCUAAAGAGAAGUUGCCCCUGCAGACCCCAGUGCCCUACGUAGUCAUCCACCAUUCCUACACACCAGCGGCGUGCUAUGACGGCAUUCAGUGUAGGCAAGCCAUGAGGAGCAUGCAGAACUUUCAUAUGGACGAUCGCGAUUGGUGGGACAUUGGAUACAGUUUCGCUGUGGGCUCAGACGGCGCGGCGUACGAAGGCAGGGGCUGGGACGUGAUCGGCGCACACGCACUGCAUUUCAACAACGUUAGCAUUGGAAUAUGCCUCAUUGGCGACUGGUCCGAUUGUCUACCUCCGACGAAUCAACUAAAAACAGCUCAAGCUCUAAUAGCAGCGGGAGUGGAACUGGGAUACGUGAGAGCUGAUUACAAACUGGUGGGGCACAGACAAGUGCGCGACACGAUGUGCCCCGGGGACACGCUCUACGAAGAGAUACAGACUUGGGAACAUUACUCCCAUUUUCCAUCUACGGUUGACGAUUUACCGAAAGUGAAAGAAAUUUAUUUGAUUUUAGAGUAGGUAAUGUACAAUGACUUCAUACUCUACGUGUGUAGUCUGCCGAUACGCAUUGGGCCAGCGCGAUGGACUACAGGCCUAAUUCCUUUAAUUAUGAGAGGAUACUCGUGCUCCGCAGUGACUCGAGUAUGAAUUGAUAAUGAUGAUAAUCAUGAAUGUACAAAGAAUAAUACUUAUUUAUGGUAUAUUAUGGUAGUAAUAAGUAGGUACCCAAUUCAAGUUAAACAUAGACAUAGAGAUAUUAUGUAAGUAAUUAAAUAUUUUAGAAUUUUAACUGUCGUGAGUGUUAUUCAUAUUAAAAUAAUUUCUAUAAAACACGGUAAAACUCCAAAGAUCCAGCUCUUGACUAACUGCCCCGUAUGCGUUUGAAACUAGUCGGGCCUACUCCGACAUUGAGUGCCGUGUUAUAAAGUAAAAAUAAUUUAUUUUAGUAAGAUAAGCUAAGUGCCUCAUUGUUGGCAGAUUUGCAGACUAAAAUGCAAUAUUUUUGUGACUAUAAAGGUGCUGACAGACUUGAGCAUUUACUUGUAACAGAACAUCGAGCAUUCGCCGUUUUUAUAUUUAUCGAACUGAACAACGAGCCGAGCCAAGCAUAGAGUCAAUUGCUAAAACAUCUUGAAAUUUUUUAAACAGAACUUCUUGGCUCGGCAAAAAGCUCCAAGCAAAUCUACUCGCUAGAAUGCUUUUGUAUUUUUGUGUGAUGUAACAUUUAAAUUAAUCCUUAAAAUAGAAUUACGGUUACAAUAAUUCCCAUAGAGCUAAAAAUUGGUAUGAAUGUUCACAAUAAAUAUAAUAAUUUUUAUAGUUCUUUGAACUGCUGUAUCACGGAAAUGACAAUACUUUUGUCUAAACUAUUUUUGCUGUUAAACUCACCGUUUAGCUAAAAAACGCGAAAAACCUAUUUUUGCAAACUUUCACCAUCAAUCAAUUUUUUUGCACAAGGGGGAUUGAUUGUGUCUAUUUACCUUCAAAGUGUUAUUUGACUGGAUUACAAGUCUAUCAGCUUUACUUUAACCUUUACUUUAACUUGUCACUGUCACGAUAGCUAAAAAAAGAACAGGAAGGUAGAGUAGGUAUAAUAUACGCUCACCGGCGAGUUUCAAUGAGAUCCCGAAGCAUCCCAAUAUGCACUGUACUGUGACUGAGGGCUCACAAAGAGAUUUCCCCCCCAAUAAAAAAAAAAUAAAAAGGUAUAAUAUACGGUGGGUGGCUGUAUGUGUGUACAAUUGAUUCUUCUAUUUUUAGAUAAUUAAAUAUAUCAUAACUAUUCAUAUGUUAAUAGUGAAACUAUCCAUGACACAUGAAGCUUGGUUGAAUUAAACGUUAUUAUUGGAUAGAAGCAGGCGUUACUUUGCGGAAGUUCAUCAUCAUUAUAUAAUUAAACGUUAUUGCCUACGUGCGUUUUAUUGUAAAUAACUAAAUAUAUAAAUAUACUUAAACAAUACACAGCACUGUCUAGCCCCAAAGUAAGCAUACAGAGUAGCUUGUGUUAUGGGUACUAAGAUAGUUGAUAUUAUAAUAUUCAUAUACAUUUAUAUACUACAUAUAAAUACUUAUAUAAUGUAUAAAUACACACAGACACUGGAAAACACCCAUGCUCAUCAUACAAAUAUUUUCCAGUUGUGGGAAUCGAACCCACGGCCGUGGAUGCAGAAAGCAGGGUCACUACCCACUGCGCCACGCGGCCGUCUAUAUUAACUAGUUAUGUAACUAGGUAAUGCAAAGUAUAUUUUCAUUAUAGUAGCGCUAUUCUUCAAUUAUGUUUUUAUAACUCGACAGUGCGAGUUUCGAAUUCGUCUCAAUCCCUCCCAUGUAUUAGAAAGAAAGAGAGAGAGAGAUAGAGGUGAAUUUGAAACUCGCAAAGUCGAGUUAUAAAAACAUUGCUGCCGGUGCUAUUUAAGCAUUGAUUUUAGUUUUGAAACUGAGAUGAUCAUGUUUUAAACUAGUACCUUAUUUUAUGUAUUCUCUGCUAUAACACAGUUAUAGUUUUAAUAAGUAAGUUUUGAUUUUCAUGACUUGAAUUAUAUUAAGACAACUUCAAUGACUUGGUAGUCGGAGAAUACACAAAUUAUGGGUUUUUCAUGGUUAAUUAUUCAUGUCAUGUAAAAAUUCCAUUGAGGUUAAUUUUAUCUCCAUUUUAUGUUAUUAAUAAACAACUAAAAUUUUACUCUAAA